AUGUCAGAGUUCUUCAGCGACGCCGAGAGCUACUACGAGGAGUUGUGGGAUGAGAUCCGACAGUUUGGUGCCAGCACCCCCUCCCCGCCAGCGAUCCAGCCCGUCCAACCCGAGCCUCUCAUGAGGCCCUCUCUCUUGAGAGCUGAGUUCGGACACGCCCUUCGUGGCAACGCGGAGGAGCAAGAUUCUGAGGAGGAGGAGGUUUCGACCGUCUCGUUCCUCACCUCAGAGGUGCAUGUCGUUCCCAUCGCUACUCCGCCUCUUUCUCCUCGGCCCGCGGCCGCAGCUGCCGCACAGCCAGCUCUCCCUCCUCUUCCUGACGCUUCAGACGCCACAAUCAACUCCAUAUACACGGGAAGGCUCCGGCCAGGAGUUUUUAGACUCCCCAGCAGCCUUCCAACUUCAUCGAGCAAUAACCAGAGCCUGUCUAAUGGGGAGGUUCAGGUUAUCACCACCACCACUACCCAGAGAAGAAGUGUUUUGCCACGGUCCUUCUGGUUGCAGUUUAUCAGGGAUGAGCCGCGCUUCCUGUGGCACGAACAACAAUACGAGUCCGGGUACAUAUAA